UACGUAUAUUGUUUGGUACAUGUCGUUCGUAGGCUGUGAAUUCGCUUUUGAUGCUUUUGUAUACAUAUAUAUGUAUAUAUAUAUCGUGUAUACAUAUAUAGACAUGGUAAAGUCUCGGAGAAAUACUCGUGUUUAUUAAUAAUUUCUCUCGACAUUGCACGAGGGCUAGAAAUUUAGAAUUGGCACAAUUAGAGAUAUGUUGAUGAAUCUUUCGUAGACCUGCCUGUUUCCGAGCCGAUAGUAGCUAUCUAUGAUCGCAACUUUGGUAUUAAUUGUGGCAGCUCUUCGCAAAAUGCACGAUAAACGAACGGAGGUGUAUUUUUGAGAGAGAAAGGUCCGGUUUUUCGAUUAGUAGAUCCUCGCAGGAAGUAAAAGGCAAAAUUCGUCGCAUACUUCAACUGUUAAAAUGGCUGCAUCCUUGUCAGCUUAUUGGGUGAAGUUUUUCAAAGGGGCUGGAUUUCCUCAAGAUGUGGCCACUAGACAUGCAGUUGUAUUUUCAAACAAUCGCAUCAAACCCGAUAUGUUGCCAGAUUUAGAUAAACCUAGUCUUAAAGAGAUGGGCAUCACACUAAUGGGCGACAUGAUCGCUAUUUUAAGAUAUGCCAAGAAAGUAGUGGAGGAAACAACAUGUGAGAGAUUUUUAGUUGAUUCAGAGGAUUCUCUUCCAACUCCAAAAGUUUCUGUAAAACCUGCUGUAAAAAAAGUAGUCAAAGAAGUUGGAAAUAAGACAACGGUCUUGACGACGUCAAAAACAGACUCUGUAAAAAAGAUAGUUAAACCUUUGUCCACAACAAAGAAGGUUGUGACCAUAAGAAAGCCAAUUUCUACUUCGGCUACCACUAAUGCUGUUAAUCAAAAGCAGAUAGCUCUGAAGAGGAAAUUGGUAUCAGAAGAAGAAUAUCAAGAUAAUGAUGAAGAUAAUUGGAAUACCUUAGAAAAGAAAAUAAAGACAACAAAUGGUAGUGAUAAUACUGUUGAGUACUCUGUAUCAGCACCGAAGGCAACAACAGUGAGAACUCAGGUACUUAAAAAAUCUGUUGAACAAAAACGAACAGUAUUUGAUAGAUUAGGUGACAGUUCGGUCACAAGCACAACCAAUUCAGCUGACGCUUCGCCUACUUUCAAUAUUACCGGAGUUGGUAAAGACGUAUUCAAAAGAUCGACUAGUGUUUUUAAGCGUCUCGGUGACAUAGAUGACAAGAAGGAUCAGACGAUUACCAUGGGAAUACUUAAGAAUGGGUCGAGCAUUAUUAGUACACCAGGUAUAUUGAAAAAUCGGACAUCUCCCAGCGUACGCACGUCAAUUAUAACGACAAAGAGAGUUGUGCCUAAAACCACUGGCACUAUGCAUGCCGAUCAUGAAAUCAAAAAGAAGAUUACUAUGAACAGUACAAGCCGUAUAUUGAAGCUGAAAAAGGAGGUAGUACCUAUUGCUAAACUGAGCAUUGAAAGUAUCACUAAGCCUACUGUUACAUCUGGCAAAUUAGCUUCGGAACGACUUAUCUCAAUACCAGCCAAAGCACGCCUGGGCACUACCACUGCCAAACAAGUGACUUUCAGUAAAGUGGCGACGGUGACGCAAGUCAGGAAGGCAAAUGUUUUUAGUCGCUUGGGCAUUUAAACUUUCUUGCAUCUCUCCUACUAUCCAUCGCAAACGAGCAGUGGUUUGCAAAUAAACUGUUCUUUGUAUAAAGUUAGGUAAUUCUCCAGUUCUACAAGUCAGAUGAGACAUGAAUUAGUGCUAAUGAAUUGAUUGAAAUUUUUUUGUUAUGAUAUAUUGCUAACCAGAGUCGCUUGCAAGGUUAUUACAAGAGUGUUGUUUGUGUACGACAUAUGUAUAUAUAAAUAUAACUUAAGAAUGAUUAGAUUUACAAUUUACAAAUAGUAAUACCUAUAGAGUUGUUCGGUCAUAAAGAACGCGAUUGGAUGAUAUAGUGCAAUGUGCUUGUUUUUUCAAAUUAAGAAUUUCUAAAAGAGUAUACUUUUUUUCGUCCUUUUUGCCCUUUAUUUAAGAACAUUUCAACAAAUUUUAUUUUGCAAGAUUGAACAACUGCGUUCAUAUCCUAAAACAUAACUGUAUUUUAAACUGUAUUUGAAACUGUGUGUAUACUAGCUUUUUUAAUUUUAAGAAAGAGAAAGAAAGUUUAUGUGGUACCAUUUUUUGUGUACAUGUGUAUUCUUUCUAUGUUUUUAUAAUAUCCUGGGAUAUAUCGACGUACAUAAAUACAAAUGUAUGAACGAGCAAUUAGAUUUGCUAUAUUUUGAACUUAUAUUGGACUUAUGUUUUUAGCUGUACUUCCUUAUAGUUUUUAAUCCUUAAACACUAUAUUAACGGUGGGAGACCCUGUACAAAAUUUUGAUCACUUGCUGUGUGAAGAAAGAAUGAAAUAGAAGGUUCGGAUUAAGGGGUAAAAAAAUUUUAAAUCUCCACUAUUGAUCAACUUCAGAGCUCAAUUAGAAUUCAAAUGGCACAUAGUUUUUUUUGUUAUAUUUUCCUUGUAACAUAACUGUAAUUUAAAAAGAAAUGAUUAUCAUAAUUUUUUUUUUUUUUUAAUAUAAGAAUUUUAUAAUACGUCGUCUAAAAGCUCCUUAGCUUUAAACGCUGUAUUAUAAAAUCUUUAAAAGUUUCUCGUUGCGAAGAUAUGAUUUAAUUAAUCAUUUGAUUGGCAAUGAUGUGUUUUUGCGUCAAAAACAGAAUGUAUGAAAAAAGGACAUUGACGCAGUAAUGCGCAUGUCGUUUUAUUUUGCUCUGGUCAGCAAAAUUUUUAUGAAACGUUUUAAUGUCACUCAAGUGGUUAGAAAAAAUAAAUUUUUUUACAAAUCUUUA